AUGUCGCUCGAUGUCUCCAAGAAUCCUUCGUGGGGUGACCAAUUCAAGAACAGCAACCAACGCAAUUUCAAGAUCCAGGUCAUUAUCUCGGUCGCAUUCGGUUUGAGUGCCUUCUUCGGCUUUUGUUUGCUCCGCCCAAGAUGGACCAGCCUCUACCAUGCUCGAAAGAAACAAUCGGACGCCGCCUCUCGCUUACCAGACCUUCCUAAGAGCUUGUUUGGAUGGAUCCCCGUCAUUUAUAGGAUAUCGCAAGAGGAGGUUCUUGCUUCUGCCGGUCUUGAUGCCUUUGCUUUUCUCGCAUUCUUCCGCUAUGCGAUCAAGUACUUGUCUGUCACCCUCUUCUUUUCUCUCACCAUAAUCUUGCCGGUCAAUUACAAGUAUACUGGUCAGCUUUCGGGUCUUUAUCCUCCUUCCAAUUCUACUGAUGGAUCCGACCCGGAGGAUCCGGAGUACUAUGAUUUCUUCGCCGGAAACGGCACACAGCCUAGGAAGCCAAAACUUGAGAAAGACGACAGCUACUUGUGGAUGUACGUUGUCUUUGUAUACUUCUUUACCGGCCUCGCAGUCUACCUUUUGGUCGCCGAGACUCAGAACCUUAUCCGGAUCCGACAAGCCUACCUGGGAACCCAGUCCACUAUCACCGAUAGGACCAUCCGCUUGUCUGGUAUUCCAACUGCAAUGAGGUCCGAGGAGGCCAUUACCAACUUUGUCGAGGAUCUGCAAAUAGGGAAAGUGGACAGCGUAAUGCUCUGUCGGAACUGGCAAGCGCUUGAUGGUCUCAUGGCUACACGCAUGAAGUGUCUGCGCAAACUCGAAAAAGCAUGGGCAUCAUACUUGGGACACCACCAUUCACUUCAACAUAACCGAUCCAAUCACAGGCGACAAGAUCUUCUUGGUGAUACUGAGGAGGCAGAUGCUCUUCUGUCCAGAUCCGAAAUGGAACAAGCACAUGCCACACCUGCAGAUCGUCCUCGUCCUACCUUGACCAUUCGUUAUGGCCCGCUUAAGAUCUAUAGCAAGAAGAUCGACGCAAUUGACUAUUAUGAGGAGAAAAUGAGAGUUUAUGAUGAGAGGAUAUAUGCUCUGAGAGGCUCUGAAUUUGUCCCCACCCCAUUGGCGUUCGUUACAAUGAAAUCAACCGAAGCAGCUCAAAUGGCCGUUCAAGCCAUUCUCGACCCAAAACCUGGCCAGUUGUUGACUUCACUCGCACCGCCACCAGCUGAUGUGGUCUGGAAAAACACCUAUCUUUCGCGCAAUCACCGAAUGUUUCGUUCGUGGGGAAUCAUGGUUUUCAUAGGUCUGCUGACUAUUUUCUGGGCUGCUCUUGUCGCCCCCUUGGCAGGUUUGCUGAGCAUCGAGGUCAUUGAUCAGGUACUUCCUGGUCUAGCCGAGGCUUUGGAGAAUCACGAAAUCCUUCGAUCCCUCGUUCAAACUGGACUGCCAACCUUAUUAUUCUCCCUCUUAUCUUUGGCUGUUCCAUAUUUAUACGACUGGCUUGCCAACCUACAAGGGAUGACCUCUCAAGGUGAUGUGGAAAUGUCUGUCAUCUCCAAAAACUUUUUCUUCACCUUCUUCAACCUCUUCAUUGUCUUUACGAUUUGGGGUUCAGCAUCCACAUUCUUCGAGUUCUGGCAAGACCUUCGAGACAUUCUAAGAGACACUGCGGGAAUCAUGUACGCUGUUGCAAAAGCACUCGAGCAAUUGUCCCCAUUUUAUGUCAAUCUCAUUGUCCUCCAAGGAUUCGGAUUGUUCCCUUUUAGGUUACUCGAAUUCGGUGCGGUUGCGUUGUACCCAUUCUAUCUGUUCAGCGCAAAGACACCACGGGAUUAUUAUGAACUUGCCAAGCCACCGAUCUUCAGCUACGGAUUCUACUUGCCUCAGACUAUGUUAAUCUUCAUCAUUUGCAUUGUGUACAGUGUUCUCCCGGCAUCUUGGAUGAUCACCUUGUUCGGUUUGAUAUACUUCUUGAUCGGUGGUUUCAUUCAUAAGUACCAAUUACUUUAUGCCAUGGAGCACCGUCAACACUCGACCGGCAGGGCUUGGCCCAUGAUCUGUGACCGCAUCAUCACUGGUUUGAUUCUUUUCCAGGUCGCCAUGACUGGUAUCUUGGCCCUCCGAGGGGCUCUGACAGCCUCACUCUUCAUCGGACCACUUCUUUUCAGUACCAUAUGGUUCACAAUUUAUUUUCAUCAUACAUACGUUCCUCUCAUGCGCUUCAUCGCGCUUCGCAGCAUUGAUCGAGAUACCAUGCCCGAGCUUCCAACGCCACCUGAGUCAGCUUGGGACCGAGAUACCGACAACGGCCGGCAUGUCGAUACUGACCCUACAACUGGGCUCAGAUACAUUAAUCCAAACUUGGUGUCUCCAUUGGAAACGCUGUGGAUACGAAAACCUGGUCACGGCCGCCCAGUAUCCGAAGCAUGA